AUGUGCCACACCAGCUGCUCCUCAGGCUGCCAGCGGGCCUGCUGCACACCCAGCCCCUGCCAGGCAUCCCGUUGUGUGCCCGUGAGCUGCCAGCCAGCCGUGUGCACACCUGUGAGUUGCAGGACUGCUGUGUGCACACCUGUGAGCUGCCAGACCACUGUGUGCACACCUGUGAGCUGCCAGCCUGCUGUUUGCACACCCGUGAGGUGCCAGACCGCUGUGUGCACACCCGUGAGCUGCAGGCCCGCUGUGUGCACACCCGUGAGCUGCCGGCCUGCUGUGUGCACACCCGUGAGCUGCCGGCCAGCUGUGUGUUUGGCCCUCUCCUGCCAGUCCUCCGGGUGCUGCCAGCCCUCCUGCCCCACCUUGGUCUGCAGACCCAUCUCCUGUAACUCCCUUUGCUGCUAUUGA